AUGUCGUCCAAGACUCUUCAGGGAGAUCCGCGUCGUCCCGGGAACUUGUACCCGUUUGUACGAGAGCCGGUGAAUUCUGACGAUGCUCCGGGAGACUGGUAUGCUUUCUUCUCGCUCGCACUGGGCUUCCUCGCUUUUAUCAUGAAGUGGAAGGAAAUGGCAUGGGGCUCGCUACUGUUGUGCAUGGGUUCGUUCAUCAAUAUGAAGUCGCAGGACAUGAACACAACACAGAUUGCCAUGUCUUUCUUUUUCUCCACAAGUGCUCUCGUGUCCGCCUACGUGGGUGCCAUGCGUCCUGGAAUGCCCAUGCCGCCAUCGGCUCAGACAGCCGAAGCCCCUGCUUUGUAG